UAGAGGUGGACAGUUGCUGCGGCCUGGUGGAGGUUUGCCCAGUGCAUGAGGAGGUACUACGACACCAAGGAGGCCAACCCCCACCUCAUCAACGCCGGCAAAUACUCUACCUCUUUUUUUGUCGUCGUGUUCUCUGCUGUGGCCAGUACUGUCAUAGAUGGCUCUCUGCCAUUCCUGGAGCAGAGUCUUCUAUAUCUGGCCAUCUUCUGUCUCUGGGUGCUGUCAGCCGUGGUCUCUACCUCCUACACCUUCUCCUGGGACAUUCUCAUGGACUGGAGUCUCUUCCCCAAUAUUCCCCGGCGCUGCUGCCGCAAAAAGGCCCUCACUAUGCGUGAGGAGAGAAUAUACACAUACAAGUUCUACUAUGUGCUGGCUCUUGUGGAGGACUUUCUGUUCCGCAUCCUGUGGAUAUUCAAUCUCUCUGUAGGCAACCACGUUUUGAGGCUAGUCAGCAACGACAUCAUUGCCACUGUGGCAGGAGUUCUGGAGAUAGUGAGGAGAUUUGUGUGGAACUUUUUCCGAGUGGAGAACGAGCAUGUGACCAACGUGGGUCAGUUCCGAGCCGUGCGGGACCUGUCUCUGUACCCCGUGGACCUGUCGGGCCAGGCCGACCAGGAGGACAACGAAGACUUCCUGGACCGCCGCGGUUCUCUGGACCGAGGCGAGGCUCUGCCCAGCAAGAAGAAGAAAGUUACUCGCAGGCUUUCCAAUGCCCUGAUGGAGGUUGCACUGCUAUUAUUGUAAGAGGUAUCUGCCCACUUUCUACGUGUUCAGGUAACAGACGGCCCAGGAGUGAAACACACAAAAGAAUUCAGGAAAAGGAAGAGAACAGUCUCGGCAACACUGCCUGUAGAACUGAGGGAGAUCGCUGCGGAUGAAGACAUGGUUCCAGGCUCACCUUUACUGGGGUAUGACCCUCGCAGGAUUAGCCCUCUAUCGCUUUCAGAUGAUGACAACGACGUACCGACUGAGUCAUCUCGGGGCUAUGACUUGGUCUAUGGCAGUAGUCCACGCCAUGGGAACCCUGUCUCAGACUACCCCAGUAGUCCACAGAAAUAUCAUGCCGAUGUGUUCCUCCAAGACGAUGAUGUCCAACAUAUUUUGACUGAUGUCGAGCCCACUACACACCACAGUAGUGCUACUGAAGGCGAGCUUCCUCCACCACUUUACUUGCCGCAGGAGAAAGGUGUCCAGGACAGAGGCAGCUCCCCACCUUCUUGUGAACCUUUGGCAGGUCUCUCUACUAUCCAUGACAAUAUUAGCAACUUGCCCACUUCUAGAGAUAUUGUUUGCGCAACUCGGGGCGGCCUGGUUUCAGCCCAGGACAGUGGAGCUCCAAUGGGGGACACCGUCCCACCGUCCCAAGACAGUAGCAGUGAAUCACAGGACGACCCUGUAGAACAUACAGUUGAAGACACGAACCAACCUGUGCCUCACGACCAACCCUAUAUCCCUACCACUACUGGCAUACUCCAGUCCCUGUCACCACCUAGCCCAACUCAGGAAGAUGUACAGAUUGCUGGCCAGGAACAGACACAGGAUGAUACACUCCGAGCUGAUCUACAGACUGCCACCACCACCACCACCAGCUCACUAUCACAGGAUGACGGAAUCACACCACAGAAAUGACAAUCACAUUGAACUGAGUUACCAUUCUGGCAAUUAUUUGUUGUGUUUUAGUAAGUUCUUUGUUUGAACAAAACAGUACAACGUAAUGUGGUACUGUGGGUCUCAAGUUCAGCACCACUUGUAUUCAGUGCAGUUUUUCAAUUGGCAUUACUGCAAUAUGCAGAGAACCAUGCAAUGCAUG